GUUUGCGUGAAGUGAGCUUUGACAUUAGCUACGGUGCGUGAAUCAAGCCCACUACAAUUGUACCCCAUGCGAGCUGUCAAACAGUUGUGUUUGUUGUUUCCGCGUAGUGCAGACAGUUGGAAGCGUGCAUUUCUAAAUAUCAAAUGAAAACGAACGAUAAACCGAAUUUUCGGCCAUCCAAAGGUGGUGCACCUGGUGGGCAACGGCAUGGGAAUAACCGUGGACAAGGAAAGCGAAAGGAGUCCUUUUUCCAACCUGUUUCAAAAUCGGAAAGCAAUGCGCCCAAUAAGGACAAAAGUGGUGGUGGUGGUGGUGGACGACCAUCCGGAAAGCAUGGCCCGGGAGUACACAAAACAGUAGCUUUCAAGCCAAAACAUGACCAUCGGCCUACUGGAAAGGAUGGCAAAAAGCCGAUGAAUGGUAACCAUAGAAACAACCAAGGCACAGGUCGACCACAACACGGAAAGCAGAAGCACCAGCACCAGCACCAACAGCAUGGUAAUAAACGUUCUGGGCCAGCGUCCACAAAACCACCGACUGCGCCAUCCGAGAUCCGGUUUGAUAGCAAGCCGGAAAAGGUAAACUAUUGUCUAGCGCCCGAACGGCUGGAAGCGCAAUCACGGGCGAUAAAACAGUUUGAGCAGAAGGAACGGGAAGAAGCGAUCGAGCGCAAGAAACAAGACCGCCAGCAGAAGCAUAAAAUGAUGACACAGAAAACGCGCAAGGGACAGCCGGUGAUGCAGGGCCGACUGGAGCUGCUGUACGAAAAGGUCAAAAAGGUGGUCGGCGUGCAGUGAGCGGAGCGAACGAGCAUUCCGGAUCAAACUGGAAACGUGGCGUGGUACGGUAGCAUCUUCAACAGCAGUACGAACCCUCCCUCACUUCUUCGAGGCCAGAUUGUCCGAGAGAGAGAGAGAGAGGACGCUUCAAUUUAAAGUUCUCUGAACGUGGAAAAGCUUGCAGAGUGCGGAGAGUUUUGAGAAAUCGGGGACUCUCAAACAUUGAGGCCAGCACGUGCGCGCUCUUUCUUCCUCGCGCACUUCCUCGCGUAAACCGGCUUAAGGUGCAGAUCGAAGCGGAUAGGCUAGACUGCUAGGCCUGUUUGUUUACAUUAUGCGCGUGCUUAUGCUCCGGGGACCACUUGAUACACAGCCAGCUGUAAAGACUCGGAGCCCGGCCAUACCGAGCCCAAUGUGCGCGAAGGCUUCAUGACGAGGCGGCAAAGUCCCAACAGCCUUAACCCGUGCGGCGUCAACGGUGUUUUUAUGUUUUAAAUUUAUCUCUUAAAUUCAUUUUUUUACGAAAAUAACACAUAAAGGUACAAGUUAAUGUAGGUUAAAUCCAAUUCAAUUUCCCAAAUUAUGGACAAUUUUUUUUUAAAACAAAAAACAGUAAAUAAGAAAUGAACAAUUUAGAUUAUUGAUGUUAUGAUCGUUAAUCGCAUAAUUUAAACGAUUUAAUAAGCAUCAAAACAACAAAAAGAUUGGAUUUGAAAGUAAGGUUAGGAGAGUAAUCGUGUAGGUCAUAGAGGAACAUAGUCCGAAUAUUCAAGUAUAGGAAAAUUUUAAAUCCAACUUAGGCUACCAUGAGUGAUCUCGAUCUGCCAAUUCUGGCUUCCUUUGAAUUGAUUAUACCCGUAGCUGGUUGGUCAGUCCUGCUACUGGAAUAAUCACGAGACCCCGUGAAGCAUCGUCUCCAUCGUUAAUAGUCUAUUACAUUUAACAUAAAUCAUUCGAAUGUUUUUUUUUAUUCAUAAAGAACGGCCUGGCCGUAUUGCUAACAUUCGAAUGUUAGAUAAAUAUCAAUAUAAUGUCGAUAUGAAGAACUACGAUGAUCGUUAUGAUGAUCAUGAACACACACGCUACAGUAGAUGAAUCGAACAGUUGUUUUAUAUAUCCAGAAAGGCUUGGGCCGUUUGCUGAUAGGAAAUUAAUUGAUCAAAAUAGCUUUUGAUGUUCACCAAUAUCAAGAAUAUGCUUAGUUGUAUUUUUUAUUAAGUUGAAUUCUUAGAAGUUCUUUAAGCUCAACAACCUCGCGUGAAAGUUCUGACGUCUUAAUUCGAAACUAUAGUUGAAUAAUCAGUCUAGCAUACAGGGAGACGGUCUCGAUGGGGAUUGAAUCCCUGUUCGUGCCUUGUGAAAGACCUAGAUUUCUAUUGCCUAUUUGGGACGUAUGGCUUUUAGUUGCCGGUCCACUAACUAGAGGUUGUGAUAGCACAGUCACGUAGCAACACGAGAAGAACCACGUGAAGAAGAAGUAGCUAUAGGCCUAUGUCAUUGGAUCACAACUCAAUCAGGCCGCAAUCACACCUCAAAUUAUAAUGCACCAGAUUCAACUGCUUCUUCCUAGACGUUCAUGAAAUAAUCAAGGUUAUAGUUGAACUCGAUCGAUGUAAAAUAAUCUGGUGUGAAAAUAGAGUGUAGAAUCAGAUACAAUGCCCGUGAGCAACUAAACAUAUCAAAGUAAUUAAAACUCAAUAUACGAUUGUCCACAUGAGGCAAAAAAGAGUCCAGUGGAGACAAUGAAACAAA